AUGUCUGAUCUCGUAUCAAAAUGUGUUUUGAGGGUGGAAGUGAACCAUUCCGGAAACUCAGAAUCCAGAGGUGCUGAAGCACUAUCAAAUUCAGACACCAAGAAAAAGGGUAGAGGUCAAAGGAAAGUGAGAGAAAUAAGCGUGGAAACUUUUCCUAGUCGCUUGGAGGGCCCCAGAGAUGACUGGGGACUUCUUCCUCAAUACUCUCGGGAAGUAACCCCUGCCAGUGAUGGUGAAAAAACUGGCAAGGAAGAAAAAAGUGAGAUUGGGUUCUUCAGUGGAAAUCCAUUUGUGGAAAUAACAAAAGGGGUUCUGCAUCUAUAUAAAGAAGAUGUGAUGAGUAGUAGGAAGGAAGCCAUUACUCUCUGUUUGCUGGGAGUACCUGCCACUAUGACAUGUCAUGAUCUACUGGCUUUUACUGCUCCAUGCCAUUGUGAUAUUUCUCACAUUAGAGUGCUGAGGGACUCCAUGCCCAAUCAGUAUAUGGCUCUUUUAACAUUUAGAAAUCAUGAUGCUGCUAUGGAGUUCUAUUUAACAUUCAAUGGAGCUCCUUACAGCAGCUUAGAACCAGAUAGCAUUUGCCGCAUUGCAUGGGUCUCCAAGGUGGAAUGGGCUUAUGAUGGUUUGCCACCUCCUGGUCAUACAGAAUUGCCGAUUUGUCCAGUUUGUCUGGAGAGAAUGGACGAAUCUGUGGAUGGAGUACUUACUAUCCUCUGUAACCAUGCAUUCCAUGCGAGUUGCUUGGAAAAAUGGGGCGACUCUACUUGUCCCGUUUGCCGGUGCGUACAGAGCCCCGAACAAGCAGAAUCUUCUGAAUGUGAACAGUGCGGCACCACUGCGCAGUCUCCGGAUUCUUUAUGGAUAUGCUUGAUCUGUGGCCAUGUGGGGUGUGGAAGGUACCAAGGAGGACAUGCUGCUUCUCAUCAUAGAGAAACUGGACAUUGUUAUGCACUACAACUUGGAUCACACAGGGUUUGGGAUUAUAAAGGUGAUAACUUUGUGCACAGACUUCUGCAAAAUAAGGCAGAUGGAAAACUGGUGCCCUCUGAGGGCCCCCCUAGUGAGUCUGAAGGUGCACAAGAAAAAGUUGAUUCUGUGCAGCUUGAGUUUACCUAUCUGUUGACUUCUCAACUUGAAGAGCAGCGCAUGUAUUUUGAGGACAAAAUGGCGUUAUUAGAAAGUCAUCUUUCUGAAGAAACUAAACACUUGAGAAAUGAAGUGUCCGCCCUGUCUGAUGAAAAUAAAGAGUUGAUAGUGAAACUGGCUGCUCUUACCAAAGAAAAACAGAGUCUUGAGAAAAAACUGCAACAGCAACAUUCUAAGUUGAGUGCCACUCUAAAUGAACUGAGUGAAGAAAGGCAGUUGGGUAAAGCUUUGAGAAACAACCAACAACAGUGGCAAACUAAAGUUACCACUUUAGAAGAAAAAUUCAAUGAGUUGAAAAUUCAUAAAGAGAAAGAAACUGAAGAGCUGAGAGAGCAAGUCAGAGACCUGAUGUUUUUUAUAGAUGCCCAAAGGGUUAUCGGGGAAUCAGAACACAAAGAGGAUAUUGCUGGUGGUUCAGUCACCAUUGGGGAAACAUCAAGAAAAAAUAAAGGCAAAAAAAAGCCCUAA